AUGAGCCGCAACGCUCCCACUAGUUGCCCGGCUCGAAGCGUCGCCGAAAUCCUGGCCACGGAAAAGGAUAUCUCUCCUUUCGCCCUGUCUCCAUCGCUCGUUCGUCUUUAUACCAUCCUUGCUCCAGCCUGCCUCGUCGUCUGUGCCACUAAUGGCUACGAUGGAAGCGUCCUCACGGGUCUGCAGGGCGUGGAAAGUUGGAGAAACCAGUUCGGCUCGCCCACCGGCGCUCUACUAGGUAUUACAAGCGCAUCAUAUCCCCUUGGUGCAAUCGUUUCCACGCCGUUCUCCGCUUUCGUCUCGGAUAGCUUCGGCCGUCGUAUGUCAAUCAUCAUUGGAAGCUGUAUCAUGAUCAUUGGCGUCAUCAUGCAAUGCGCGAGUACCGACAUUGGCCUCUUCAUCGGUGGUCGUGUCGUCGUUGGAUUUGGGAUCACCUUCGCUCUCGCCGCUGCUCCCGUUCUCAUAUCCGAACUCGCACAUCCCAGACACCGAGUCUUUUUCGGUUCUCUAUACAACACAAGUUUCUAUCUGGGUGCCCUCUUGGCUGGAUGGGUUGCUUUUGGAAGUUAUCGCAUUCCCGGUGAUUGGGCCUGGCGUCUUCCAACUCUCCUCCAGGUCGGCCCAGCAUGCAUUCAGCUCAUCUUUGUGUGGUUUCUUGACGAAUCCCCUAGAUGGCUAGCAUAUAAAGGCCGAGGUGAAGAGGCAUAUAGGGUCUUGGUCAAAACACAUGGCAAUGGAGACUGGAACAGCCCUCUUGCUCAAGCCGAGUACUGGGAGAUGAACGAAACACUGAAUUCCGAGCGCGCUGUCAGCAACCAGGGACUCAAGCUCUUUCUAACUACCCCAGCAAACCGCAAACGUCUCGCUAUCCUUGUUACACUGGCCAUCGCCGGGCAGUGGAGCGGAAACGGUCUCGUGUCGUACUAUCUCACCAAGAUCCUCUCGAGUAUCGGCAUUGCAACCCAGCACGAACAAACCAUGCUGAACGGAGUUAUCAGUACCGUGAACUAUGGUACUUCUCUAUUCGCUGCUGUUUUGUCUACCAAGAUCGGUCGCCGACCAAUGUUCAUCGGUGGCGGUAUCGCCAUGUUUGUAACGUUCUCAGCUCUCACCGCUAGCAUCGCCAUCUACGACGAGACAGGAUCAAAGGCUGCUAGCAAAUCAGCUCUUGCCUUCAUCUUCAUUUACUACACCAGUUUCAAUAUCUGUCUGAACCCUCUUCUAUUCCUAUACCCUACUGAGGUCUUGCCGUUUAGACUCCGAGCAAUGGGCCUUAGCAUAUUGGUCUUUUGCACGAAAGCGGCCUCUUUCUUCAAUCAGUUCGUGAACCCAAUUGGUAUGGACUCCCUUGGCUGGAAGUAUUACCUUGUCUAUGUGUGCUGGAUUGUCGUUGAGAUCUUCAUUUUCUGGUUUUUGUAUCCUGAAACAAAGGGAUACACCCUGGAAACGGCCCAGGAGGCGUUUGGAGAAGAUGUCAAGCUGGAUGAUCUGGAGGGAAAGGGACAUCAUGACAUUGGUGAGGUGGUGUAUAUUGAAGAGACAGUUGCUCGGGGCAGCAGUGUUGACAAAAGAGAACCAGCGAUAACGCCUCAAUGA